UUCCAUUUCUCCUGUCGGCGGUCGCAGCCCAUGUCAAUGGUUUUGGCGCAGUGAAGGCUUUGCAUCCCCCCUUCUGACCCUCAUCUUCAACAAGUCCGCACGAGGACCUUGCGGAAUGCACUUCCUCCCUGCUCUUGCCAUCUCAGCCACAGUUUUCAAAACUGCUCAAGCGAGCGUUUUUCCAAGACAAAGCGAUCUUCCACCAGAAUGUCAACCUACGUGUACUACUUCCGUAGCCACGUUUGUUGAAAACAGCAACUGCCCGAACAACGACAUAGCCCAGUGUUGUACGGUGCAGUUCGAGCAAGGCGUGGCAGAUUGUUAUCUGUGUCUAGGAAAAUCCAUCAACUCGAUGGCCUUUGGUCAAGCACAGAUGAAUAUAGACGGACUGGUAAAAACAUGCGUUCAAUCAGGUUUCAUGAUGACCAAAAUCACGCUUCCCGGGCAAGAUCCCAAUCGACCUCUGACGACCGCGCCGGCCAGUCUGUCACACACGUCUUCCUCCAGUCUCUCUAUCAGACCACCGCCCUCCCUUAGCACUGGGGGAACGGCAGUGUCGCAGACAUCAUCGUCCUCCCUCUCUAUCAGACCACCGCCUACUGGGGGAACGACAGUGUCGCAGACAUCUCUCUCUGUCAGACCGCCACCUUCGCUUAGCACUGGUGGAACGACACCGACAACAACUCUCAUGACUACUACAUCCCCAUCUGGCCCUGUGAGUACCGGGAAUCCGGCUGGAAACUCAGCGCCAACGGCGAGGAAUGUUGGCAAUAGUGCGGUUCUUAGUGCUCUGAUUCUCUUAAUCGUUGUAACUGGAAGCUUGACUCUGCCUUGA